AUGAGGGGAACCGGAUGGAAUCCAGUCAGAGAGGAGGAGCUUUUAGAGGCACCAGAAGCCUCUAUCUUUCAGUGCAAAAACCUGUCUCUACCGUCAUCAUCAUCGUCACCUUGUCUCUUAGAGCCGCUGGUGAACCAAAGCAAUAUUCUGGUAGGUGUCUCGCCCUCGAUCCCAUUAAGCAGCUCCCAGAGCAGCGCUCGGUUACAUAACGAUGUCAGAAUACUGGUAUACCACAAUGCGGGUUUGCUAGAUGUCGGCAGCGGUUCUGGUACUAUCAACGCACUGCAAGCCUUCCUCGAUACAGCUAAGAGCAAACCCGAGACUUUCAAGAACCCUGAAACGGCCGCUUUCCUAGCGCAGGCGAUUGGUAAGAAGCUCUUCAUUGUGCUUCUGAAGUCGGACGAGGAGGUCAAUAUCGCUACUGCCUUGAGCGAUUUGGGGCUCGACUCGUUAAUCGCUGUUGAGAUUCGCUCCUGGCGGAAACAGAUGUUCAACGCCGAUAUUAGUCCAAAUGCUCUCGCUAGGCAUUUUGAGGGAACUGUGUAA